GUCGAGCCAGUGCCGAGCUGAGUGCGCACGCGCACGCUCUAUUUGGAGUAUAAGGUACAGACCCGUGCGCCGCGGGCGCCAGGUAUUCCCUUCGUUCCUCUGGUUCCUCCCUCGUCCGACUCGUACACUUCCUUCCUAUUCGCGUCGCCUCCGUACGCAGCCAUGGCGGCUUCAGUCACCGCGGAGUCCGUGCAGGAGAAGGACGCCCGCAACUCAUCCAUCUCCAACGAGAAGGCGGUCGACAUGUCCCGACGAGAGAGCCCUGUCGACCUCGACAAGGAGAAGCAGCAGGCCAUCGCUGCACACCCCAUACCAACGUCGGACAGUGACAAACCCACUACGACGCCCACCAAGCCUGUGUCAUUCUUUCAACUCUUUCGGUUCUCCACCAAGGCGGAAAUCGUCAUGGAUGUCAUUGGUAUCGUUGCGGCAGCUGCUGCCGGUGCUGCCCAGCCCCUCAUGAGUUUGCUCUUUGGCAAUCUCACGAACGCAUUCGUCGUCUUCGGAGCCACAUUGGAACAGGCAAAUGCCGGCGAUCAAGGCGCUCAACAAAGGCUGCCAGCAGCGAGGGAGAACUUCAAGAGCACCUCCGCUAAUGAUGCGUCGUACCUGGUCUACAUCGGUAUUGGUAUGCUUGCCUGCACGUACACAUACAUGGCUAUCUGGGUGUAUACCGCUGAGGUCAAUGCGAAGCGAAUUCGUGAGCGCUACCUGCAAGCGGUCCUCCGACAGGAUAUUGCGUACUUCGAUGACGUCGGUGCUGGUGAGGUAGCAACGCGGAUUCAGACGGAUACACACUUGGUUCAACAAGGUAUUUCUGAGAAGGUCGCCAUCGUGUGCAACUUUUUCGCUGCCUUCGUCACUGGUUUCGUAUUGGCGUACGUCCGGCAAUGGCGUUUGGCACUUGCCAUGUCAUCCAUGCUGCCCUGUAUCGCCAUCACCGGUGGAGUCAUGAACAAGUUUGUCUCCGGUUAUAUGCAGCUGUCUCUCGCUCAUGUUGCGGACGGUGGCACCCUGGCCGAAGAAGUGUUUUCGACAGUGCGGACGGCGCAAGCUUUCGGCUCACAGCACAUUCUCGCUGAACGGUACGAUUCGCAUAUCACGAGGGCCAGGAAUGCGGACAUGAAGGCCGCGAUCUUCCACGGUUGCGGAUUGGCCACAUUCUUCUUCGUCAUCUAUGGAGGCUAUGCGCUUGCAUUUGACUUUGGAACCACACUCAUUAACGAAGGUCACUCCAACGCUGGACAAAUCGUUAAUGUUAUCUUGGCCAUUCUCAUCGGGUCAUUCUCCCUCGCUCUUUUGGCCCCUGAAAUGCAGUCUAUCACUCACGGCAUGGGUGCCGCCGCGAAGCUCUACGAGACCAUUGACCGCGUUCCCCUCAUCGACUCGGCGAGCGAGGAAGGCCUCAGGCCCGAGUCCUGUCGCGGCGAGAUCACCUUCGAGCACGUCAAGUUCAACUACCCGUCCCGUCUGGACGUGCCCAUUGUCAAGGACCUUUCCAUUACCUUCCCGGCAGGCAAGACAACUGCGCUCGUCGGUGCUUCUGGGUCUGGCAAGUCGACUACCAUCUCGCUCGUCGAGCGGUUCUACGACCCGCUUGAGGGCGUUGUUAAGAUUGAUGGUAUCAACCUCCGGGACCUCAACCUUAGGUGGCUUCGCAGUCAGAUUGGCCUUGUGUCGCAGGAGCCUACACUGUUCGCUACGACCAUUAAGGGCAAUGUUGCGCAUGGUCUCAUCGGUACCCAGUGGGAACACGCGCCCGAGGACGAGAAGACGCAGCUAAUCAAGGAGGCCUGCAUCAAGGCGAACGCGGACGGCUUCAUCACCAAGCUCCCGUUAGGCUACGAAACUAUGGUCGGUGAGCGCGGCUUCCUCCUCUCGGGCGGUCAGAAACAACGUAUUGCCAUUGCCCGCGCGAUCGUGUCGGACCCGAAGGUCCUGUUGCUUGACGAGGCGACGAGCGCGCUCGACACACAGAGCGAGGGCAUCGUGCAGAAUGCGCUGGACAAGGCCGCGGCGGGACGCACGACGAUCACAAUUGCGCACCGGCUGUCGACAAUCAAGGACGCGGACUGCAUCUAUGUGAUGGGCGAUGGGCUGCUGCUCGAGUCGGGCACGCACAGCCAGCUGCUUCAAGACGAGAACGGGCCGUACUCGCGGCUCGUCUCGGCGCAGAGGCUCCGGGACGCGCGCGAGAAGCGCGGGAACGACUCGAGCGACGAUGUAACGGACGUGGCGAGCGUCGGGGAGGAGGAGGACUACGAGAAGGCCGCGCAGGCUGAGGUCCCGCUCACGCGCUCCAAGUCUGGGCGGUCGCUCGCGUCGCAGAUCCUCGAACAACGCAGUCAGGAGAAGGCGAGGCAGGCGGGCAGGGAGUACGGGCCGAUCACGAUCUUCCGCCGCUUCUUUGGCAUCAACCGCGAGAACUGGCACAUGUACCUGUUUGGCUCGAUUGCGGCGAUUUGCAAUGGAGGGACGUACCCGGCGUUUGGUAUCGUAUACGCUCAGGGUAUCAGCGGCUUCCAGAGCACCGACCCUCACGUGCGCAGACAUGAUGGCGACCGGGUUGCUUUGUGGUUCUUCCUCAUUGCGAUCUUGUCUGCUACCGCCAUCGGCUUCCAGAACUACUUCUUCGCCUCGACCGCUGCUCAGUUGACAAACAAGAUCCGUUCGCUCAGCUUCCGUGCUAUCAUCAGACAAGACAUCGAGUAUUUCGAUGAGGACGAGCAUAACACUGGUCAACUCACUUCAAGCUUGAGUGACAACCCUCAGAAGGUCAAUGGUCUCGCUGGUGUCACGUUGGGAGCCAUCGUUCAGGCCAUCUCGACUCUGAUUUGUGGUACCAUCAUCGGUAUCAUCUUCGCGUGGAAGCUCGGUCUCGUCGCUCUCGCGUGUACUCCUGUGCUGUUCUCUGCUGGAUACAUUCGUCUCCGCGUCGUCGUUCUGAAGGACCAGAAGAACAAGCGUGAACACGAGCACUCUGCGCAGCUUGCAUGCGAGGCUGCAGGCGCCAUCCGGACCGUCGCGUCGCUCACCCGCGAAGCCGACUGCCUUCAGUUGUAUAGCGACAGUCUGGAGGGUCCACUCCAAACCUCGAAGAAGUCGGCACUGUACAGCAACGGCAUCUACGCGCUGUCGCAGGCCAUGUCAUUCUUCGUCAUCGCCCUCAUCUUCUGGUACGGUUCUCUGCUUGUGGCAAAUGGGGAGUUCUCGACGUUCCAGUUCUUCGUUGGCCUCAUGAGCUCGACUUUCAGUGCUAUCCAGGCCGGCAACGUCUUCUCGUUCGUUCCCGAUAUCUCUUCGGCCAAGAGUGCCGCCGCGGAUAUCAUCGCGCUUCUGGACUCCAUGCCCGACAUCGACGCGGAAUCACCGGAGGGCGACAUCCCCACCAACGUCCAGGGUCAUAUCCGCUUCGAGAACGUGCACUUCCGCUACCCGACUCGUCCUGGUGUGCGGGUGCUGCGUGACUUGAACCUCGAUGUGGAGCCUGGAACCUACGCUGCCUUGGUUGGCGCUAGUGGCUGCGGAAAGAGUACAACGAUCCAGCUGAUUGAGCGUUUCUAUGACGCGUUGCACGGCACUGUCUACCUCGACGGACAGAACAUCUCGAAGUACAACGUUUCGGAGUACCGCAAGCACAUCGCAUUGGUUUCUCAGGAGCCGACCCUGUACUCUGGCACAAUUAAACUGAACAUCCUCCUCGGUGCUACCAAGCCGGAGUCUGAGGUUACACAAGAGGAAAUUGAGACCGCGUGUCGGAACGCCAACAUCCUGGACUUCAUUCAGAGCCUGCCACAGUACGUGCUGCCUGUGUUUCAGUUUGUUCAGCUGAUGCUGAUUUGCGUGCAGGGGCUUCGAUACCGAGGUCGGUGGCAAGGGCUCGCAGCUUUCCGGUGGCCAGAAGCGUAUGUUCUUCUAGAUUACACGUACAAGUACCCGUACUGAUUGGCGGUUACAGAACGUAUCGCAAUUGCACGUGCACUGCUACGUAACCCGAAGGUCUUGCUGCUCGAUGAGGCAACAUCAGCUCUCGAUUCCAACUCAGAAAAGGUUGUGCAAGAGGCAUUAGACAAGGCCGCGAAGGGUCGGACGACAAUAGCCAUUGCCCAUCGGUUAUC